GUAAUAUAUAUAUAAUUGUCAUAGAUAUAAAUAUGAUAGCAGUUGGUGCAAAUGAAAGUAACAUUUAGAUGUACAGAAUAUCAAACUUUUUGUCAAAGCUGAUCCAGCGUAGAAAAAAGUUGCAGUCAAAGCCUUGGAGAAAAUGUGAAAAAAUUGUUUUACAUGAAAUUGAAGUAGAAAAUGAUUUUGGUUGGUUGAAAGCAUGUCCUGACAAGGCUAAAAAGUACAUGAAAGAUGAAAACAGAUAUACUGAUCAGUAUUUCAAGAAAGAUAAAGGAAGAUUAACUGAAAUCAAGAAAUUCUUUAAUGAUUUACAUUUUAAUGUAACAGAUGGUGUUGAAGCAACUGUUGAACGCGAUGGAAGUUAUUACUAUUUCUACACAUAUGGUGAGAAUAAACUACCAAAUCUUUACAGAAUAAAAGUAAAUAAUUAUGAUGGUGCAACGGAACUUGUUAUUGACCAGAACGAUUUAAGUCAAAGGACUGGUUAUGUCUCCAUUGGAGGGGUAAAGAUAUCACCAUGUGAAAAGCAUGUUGCUUUUCUCGCUGAUGUUAAUCUUGAUGGUAACUACAAAUGCUAUGUGAAAGAAAUCAACACACAAGCUUCAUAUUUACAGAUAAUAGAUCAUGUUACAUCCGUAGAAUGGAUAUCUAAUGAUGUUUUACUUUUCACCACAAAAGAUUUUACUACAAAUAGAAGUAAUAAUUUAUGGAGAAGUUCUAUUUAUAAUCCAGAGUCAUCACAGAAUUUGUAUGAGGAGAAUGAUAAAAGAUAUUCAAUCCAUCUGAGUAAAUCCAAAUCUGACAAAUUUGUUUUUGUAAAUAUUUCAUCUAAAUUAUCAUCUGAGGUAUGGUGUGUAAAUUCUCCCUCCUGUAGGAUGAAACUUUUGUGGAGUAGAAGUCAAGAAACAGAAGCAUAUAUCGAUCAUAUGAAUGACAAAUUCUAUUGCUUGACAACAAACACCGAUGCAGAAUAUUGUGUAAAGUACAUGUCAAAUAAUGAAAAUACAUGGCAACAACUUCUCUUACCAAUAAACAAAAAGAUCCUUCAUGAUAUGGAAUUAUUUCAAGAAAAGCUUUUGCUGAUUGAAUCCCACAAUCUUAUACCUAAUCUUAGAACCCUACCGAGUUAUGAAGCUGAAAAGAGUUUGGAAAUCAAGGCAGCACUAACUCCGGGAGUUUUGGAAGUAGAUGGAAGAGAGACGAAUCCUAAGGAAAUAUCUUUUAAUUUCACAUCACCUAUUCAACCGGUCACAAAAUAUUGCUUUGAUGUGGACAAUGCAAUUGUGCAAGAAAAUUCCAAAGUUGCACAAAAUUGGGAUAGAAGCCAGUAUGAAUACUCUUCCAUAGAUGCAACAAGCAAGGAUGGCACUGUUGUUCCUGUCAGCCUAUUUUAUAGGAAGAAUUUGUCAUUAAAUCAUUCGCCUUUGUUUUGUCAUUUUUAUGGAGCCUAUGGUGUUCCUGUUAAUCUACGUUUCAAUCAACUUGAUGCAUAUCUACUAGCUAAUGAAUGGUGUAUUGCAUAUGCACAUACAAGAGGUGGUUCUGAGCUUGGAAGAUCCUGGUACCAGUCAGGACGUUUAAUGAAUAAAGAAAAAACAUUUGAGGAUGCGAUAGCGUCUGUAGAAGCAAUUCACGAUAAAGGUGUAUCCUCUGCUGAUAAGACGGCCAUAUUUGGUCAAAGUGCAGGAGGACUUGCUGUUGGUGUUUUGUUAAAUAGAAGACCUGAUCUAUUUUCUUCUGCAGUUCUGCAGGUUCCUUUUUUAAGUGUUCUUCAUGCUAUGCUUGAUGAGAACAACUACUUAGCAACUCAAGAAUAUCUGGAAUGGGGAAAUCCUAAUGAAAAAAAGAUUGACUUUGAUGUUAUAUCAGCUUAUUGUCCGUAUGUAAAUAUAAAAGAAGAUUUGAAAAACUCUGUGUUUGUGACACUAUGCUUAGAAGACGACCGUGUUCCUUACUGGGUGCCACUUCAAUGGGUUGCAAAACACAGGUGGCUGUCAAAACAGCAGAAGUUGUUGCUAUGUAGAAUUUUUACUCAAGGUGGUCAUUAUGGAUUUGACAUGGAACAGUCUCAACAAAGGGAUGCUGAAAUUAUCAGUUUUCUUUACCGGUCUUUAUCACUGUAAUAAAUAUCCUGAUUGUCCUUUU